AUGAUGAAUAGAAGGCAAAUUGUCUUCGGUCACUGCUUUGGAAAUCAAGAUGUGUGCUGGCUCACCUCGUUCUUUCACAAAUACCUUCUUGAACUACGGGAAGUACGAUGGCUUAUAUUUGGCACUCUUUACCCUGCAUAUUAUUCUUACAAAGCCGUGAAAUCAAAGGACAUCAAAGAAUAUGUCAAAUGGAUGAUGUACUGGAUCAUAUUCGCACUCUUCACGACAGCAGAGACAUUCACGGAUAUCUUUCUUUGCUGGUUUCCAUUCUACUAUGAACUCAAAAUAGCUUUUGUAGCUUGGCUGCUGUCUCCGUACACAAAAGGCUCCAGCCUCCUGUACAGGAAAUUUGUUCAUCCAACGCUGUCUUCAAAAGAAAAGGAGAUUGAUGACUGCCUCGUCCAGGCAAAAGACCGAAGCUACGAUGCCCUUGUGCACUUUGGGAAGCGGGGGCUGAACGUCGCAGCCACAGCAGCUGUCAUGGCAGCUUCAAAGGUCUCUCAGCUACUUCAUUUACACUUUUAUUUGGACCAGAAAAAAGGGCAGGGACAGGGGGCCCUGUCUGAGAGACUAAGGAGCUUUAGCAUGCAGGAUCUCUCGACAAUUCGUGGAGACAGCAGCAGCACUGUUCCUCCUUCGGUCACUGUACGAACAAGUAGCAAACAGAGCCAGCCAAAAACAUCCAGAAGUGCAUCGGAAGGCACUGGCAGCUCAGUGUGCACGUGUUGCUCAGUAUGCCGACUCCUCAGAGGCACCGCCUAGGACCCUUAGGCCUCGCUUCAGGAAGAAAAGUACCUCAUCCUCUGCCACUGAAACAAUGUGAGUGCAAUGAGCCAAUAGCACCAAGAUCCACAGAAUGUCUCUCUUCUGCCUUAAAGAGCUACUCGUUCAUAAUGUAGGAAACAGCAGUGGGAUGGAUGUGCUUUGAUGUACAGCAGUGUAGACAUGGCCUUUCUCUCUCCUCUCUCUGUAUCCUUCUGUUACACGCUUGUCGCGUUUGUCCGUGACGUGGAUAGGACAGUCUGGCAGACACCUGCGGGUUAAGAGUCCCUGUUUCGUUUGCAGAGUGUACGCCCACUCACGCGAACCCUGUAAGGCUGUACAUUGACAAUUCUCAUUUGCGUCUGCAUAGCUCUAGCUCUGUGAAUGCACAGCGGAAACAAAAAUAAUCAGUUGCUCAUGAUGAUACUUUGACAGUGUAUUUAUUUAUGGCUUUAUCAUUAAUGAAGUGGAUUUGCAGAAGCCAUGGAUUUCUCUUUCCUCCCUUCCUCCUCAAGGCUGUGAAUGAUGGAACAAAUGUCAAAGUACUUUGACUGUAUGAAAUGUCCAAGAUUCAUUAGCGAAAGCUGAGCUGUGACUCUGUUCCUCUUCCUGCAAGUAAAUCACCUGUAUUCUGAGAAAAUCAUUGUGCUAAAAACCAUAGAGACAGAACCACUUACAGAGGACGAGGAAGAGAUGUGCAAGAGAAAAUAAAUGGUUUCAAUGACGUAAUGAAGGGGGAGUCUUAAUUUUGGUCAGCCUGAGCCAGAAGAGUAUUCCAUGGAAAGCGAUGGCGGCUAGGAGAACGAGAUCGUAUCGCUUGUGGCAAAUGUUCUACUGCCAGUUUCAAAGCGUGAGCAAGCCAGGCUUGUACUAGCUGCAGUGACGGAAGUUAGAAUCACUUUAGUGACGCACUUCCCAGGGGAAGCUCACCUUUCUCCCCUGCCUGCAACAGUGUCGGUCCCAGCGCUCUGCUUUCCUGGCGAGGUGCUGCUGUUUUACUUGCACGAGCAGCGCAGGGCGCUGGGUCUGAGCUGCUUUUCGAAGCCUGGAGUUUCGCCUGUAGCGUGGAGUUUGGCUAGAACCACAAGAACCAGAUGGAGUGGUGUAUUUGUAUCCAUAUAUAAAUGAGAAAUAUAAAAGAUGAGGAAGACGUGGUAGGGUUUGUGUAUUUGUGCUUCGAGUUGGUGUCUCUUGUAAGUGUUGAGCAUGUGCAAUUCACACAUAAGUUAAUUACUACGUGGCCCUUUGUGUUUGCUCUUGGACCCGUCACAUAGACUAGAAAAACAUUUAGCAUUACGUAGAACGUGCCAUCACUAAGGGGUCAGAACAUGGGCUGUUAAUCUAGUUCGGGUGCAGCAGUCCAGGAUGCCAAUAGCCGGCUGGAGUGUAUCAGGCUCUGAGAUAAAUCUGAAGCAGCCUUUGAAACCUUUUCUCUGCCGGGUAUGCAUCAAUAUCCCAGCUGUCCCUGUCUGAUGGAUCCCUGAGGUCUCCCACAGAGCUUCCUACGUAUGUGGGGAAGAGAGAAAUAAAUUAUGCGCACACAGAAAUGUUUAUCUGACCUGGCUAGGAAGUGGAAAAAGCAAGCAGGUAUUUCCUGUGUCUGCCACAAUACUUGGCCUCAUUACCUGAGAAUUUUAUUUCCUUUACAUGUGCUAGUUCAAUCAUAUUUUGCAAUGGGUAGGAAGGAAAAAGUCUUCAGAAAGUAAAUUGAAAAAAACCCAACAAACCUGCCUAAAUAGCAGUUACUGAAGAGUCAGUCCUUGGAAGAUACUCAGCAAAAGCUUUGAGGAGCUAAGCUUCUGUGUUUUAUUUUUAAGCCAGCUUUAGAGUUUAUUUGAUUUCUUUUGGCAAACAUUAAAAA